AAAGAUGUCAAUUCGAGGUUCUGGGCGACAUACAAGACAAUUUCGAACGAGUACGACGACGACUUCCUCAAGUGGGCAGAUGACGAUAUGGGCAUUAUCCUGAGUUUUGCUGGUCUAUUCUCAGCCGUCAACUCUACAUUCAUCAUUGGAACGCAGCCCAACCCGGGAGACACUACAAAUGAACUCCUGCUAGACCUGAUCCGAAUCACUGCUUAUGGCCCAAAUUUCGUACCUGACAUUGGCAGUCUUUCAUCGACCACAGGCUAUGCUUCUUCAAUGGUCUGGAUGCGGGCCCUUUCUUACGCUAGCCUGGCAUUUAGUGUCUUGGCCGCGUUCGGGGCUGUCUUGGGAAAGCAGUGG